GGCGUGCCAAGUACCUGAUAUUGCCUCCCUACAAGAGUGGCAAGUGUGCUAGAACAUAUACACACACACACACACACACACACACACAUACACAUGCCAGCCAGCCAGCCAGCCUGCCUGCCUGUUUGCCAUCUACAAGCUGCCAAACAUUCAGGAUUAUACCCCCAACCACCCCCAAACACACACACACACACACACACACACACACACACAUCCACGCAUCCACACAUCCACCUGCCAAACAUCCAAGAUUAUACCCUCUACCCCACAGCAUGCCAAAUACCUUCAAACACUGCCAUCCAGCCCUAAAUCCUCAGGGAAGCCCCCAACCACACACAUGCACAGAUACACACACACACACACACACACACACACACACACUCUCUCUCUCUCUCUCACACACACACACACACACUACCAUCCCAGGGAAUGCAAAGAGUUCAUGUUAUAUUUGAAUAGAGAGCAAAAGAAGUGAUAAAUGGAGAAGAGAAGAUGAAAGAAGAAGAUAAAGAAGACAUUUUAAGAAGAGAAGAAACAAUGAAAUGCGAGAAGAGAAAAAUAAGGGAAACAAUAAAAGAGAAGAGAGAAGAGCUAGAGGAGAAUGGCGUGGGAAUGAAAGAAGAGAAAAUGAAAGAAGAGGACAGAACAGAAGAAAGGGAGAAUGAAAUGCGAAGAACAGAAAAAUAAAGGGGGGAAAACAACAGAAUGGAAUAGAGGGGAAAAUGAAAAAGAGCAAGAGAAGAGAACGAGGAGGGACAAGAGACGAGAAGUUCAAACGAAAAUGAAAAGAGUCAGGAAGAGUAAACGAGAGAAGAAAAAAAAACGAAUAGAGGGAUGAGGAGAGGUGAUGAAAGAAUACGAGAGAUCUUUGAGGAGAAAACAAAAGAAAAAUGAGAGAAGAGGAAACAAGACAGAGAGGGAAAGAAGAGAAGAGAAGAAGAAAGGAGCAAAGAGAUCAUAAGAGAAGUGAAGAGAAGAGAAAAUGACAAGCGAACGAAGAGAAGAGAAGAGGAGAGACCAGAAUAGAAGUGAAGAGAAGAGAAGAGGAGAGACCAGAAUAGAAGUGAAGAGAAGAGAAGAGGAGAGACCAGAAAAGAAGUGAAGAGAAGAGACGAGGAGAGACCAGAAUAGAAGUGAAGAGAAGUGAGGAGAAGAGACGAGGAGAGACCAGAAUAGAAGUGAAGA